AGCCCUAAAAAUAUUAAUCUUCGUUAAGUCGGUAUUUUGGCGUCUUAACUCUUAACUGAGAGAAAAAAAAAACAAAGCCAGCCAGAUUAAAGCAUCUCUUCUACUAUAAUUAUAUCAAGGAUUGUUAUUCGAUUCGAUAAGUUAAGAGUAAAUGGAGGACUGGGAGGAUGAGAUUCCACCUAUCCCUGCAAAGAAGCUGCCUAAAAGCAAAUGGGAUGAUGAAGAUGUUGAUGAUACUGAUGUUAAGGAAUCAUGGGAGGAUGAGGAUGAAGAUGAACCUCCUCAGCAACCUGUAGCAAAAGCUCCUGAAGAGAAGGCCCCUAAGAAGCCUGCAUCAAAAGCUACUGAAAAGAAAGGGAAAUCUAUUGAAGUAGCUAAACAAGAGCCCCUUGAUCCUGUGGCUGAGAAACUUCGCCAACAAAGGCUUGUGGAGGAAGCUGAUUACAAGUCCACUGCAGAACUUUUUGCCAAGAAAGGCGAUGAAAAGACUCUUGAUAAUUUUAUUCCCAAAUCUGAAAGUGACUUUUUAGAAUAUGCCGAACUUAUUUCUCAUAAGCUUUGCCCAUAUGAGAAAAGUUUCCAUUAUAUUGCACUCCUCAAGGCAGUGAUUAGAUUAUCAGUGACUUCUUUGAAAGCAGCUGAUACGAAAGAUAUAGCAUCUUCAAUCACAGCAAUUGCAAAUGAAAAGCUAAAGGCGGAGAAAGAAACCACAAGUAAAAAGAAGACAGGUGGCAAGAAAAAGCAGCUCCAUGUUGAUAAACCAGAUGAUGAUUUGGUUGUUAAUGCAUAUGAUGAUAUAGACGAGUAUGACUUUAUGUGAUUCAUUUUGGGGCAUAUACCACCUUGUUCUAGUGUUUGCAUAGGGGUCCUGUGUUUAUUGCAGCAGCGAUGUAGAGGCAGUUCCGACGGCUCUUUUUUUUUUGUCUUCCAAUUCAUGGGGAAAUUUAGUUGUCUGGUGAAAACAUCCAUAAUAUGGAGGAUAUUAUUGUUACAUGAACCAUGCAAAAGUCUUCUAGAUGGUUUUGGGCAGUUUUGGUGUUUUUUACCUAAAAAAUAUUCAUAUGAUGUUUUGGCAAAAGGUUAAGAAGUGUUUUCAUUGUAAGAGUAUACAAUUAACCCUAUUUGUUUGUGCAUUAUAAGAACCAGUUGUUUCACAUGAUUUUAAUAAGAUUGUUUCUAGUAUACAA